AUGAUCAGAUUUUGUAGACGUGUCCAGUUUUGGAAAAACUCUGUUAUUUGUCUUAUUGUGGUUUUCUUGUUCUGGAAAUUGCAACCAAAUCCAAAAAGCAGUUUUGUCCUCGAAGAGCAUUGUGUUCAAAGUGGCUGGAAUAUUAGCACAUUAUCUCCACGAAAUAUAGAUUUCGGCUCCAGCUUUAUAGUAUCGUUUGCCAACAUUCAUAAAUCCCAAAAAUGGAUUUACCUUCCAAAAAUGAAAAAUGUCACCUGGAAGCAUGACAUUCUUAUGCUUGUUGUGUCAAAAACUAAGAACUUUGCAAGACGGAACGUUUUGAGGAGCACUUGGAUGAAUAAGGAGAAUAGUGAAAUGAUGAAGAGCGGGAGGAUGCAUGCUCUGUUCUUUGUUGGAUUGGUGCCAGGAGACCAGAACCUGAAAAAGUUGGUUUUGGAAGAAGCGGAGAUUCAUGGAGAUAUGGUUGUGGUGGAUCUAGAGGAUACUUAUGAUAACUUGCCGUUUAAGACUCUAGCCCUGCUUCUUUAUGGAACCAGCAAGGCCUCUCAAUUCAAGAUUAUCGGAAAAAUCGAUGAUGAUGUGAUGUUCUUUCCGGAUCAGCUCCUUCCGAUGUUAGAUCGAAAUUUUGUUAACUCGAAUACUCUUAGCAUCUACGGACAUUUAUCAACUGCCGAGGAGUUGGUUCUUCGGAAUAAAACUGAACCAUGGUACGUACCGGAGACUGCCUACAACUGCACAGUUUAUCCAGUUUAUGUGAUGGGUCCGAUCUAUUUAGUGACUAAAGAUGCUGCCAGUUUGAUUCUUGAUAAUGCAAAUCAUCAGCAAUUUAUGACUGUCGAAGAUGCGUUGAUAACUGGGAUCAUUGCUCAGAAGCUCGGAAUCAGGAGAUAUAGUCUUCCGAAUGUUUUUCGGCACAGAAAUGAUAUCACCGAAGGGCAGGAUGUUCUUGCAUGGCAUGUUCAAACUAAGAACGAUAGUGAAUAUAAAAGCAUUUUUACGAAGAAGUUGUCGGAAGGAACUUCGUUUUGGCAUUUUUGA